AUGGCUAUUACUUCAAAUUUGUUUGUGAAAGAGACCGGUUCUACUAUCACUCUUAAGAAACCAAAGGAAAUUACAUAUUAUUCAAGAACAUCUAACGAUGAAUUUUUAGUCAAUGACGAUUCUAAUUUGAAUUAUUACUAUUUACCAGAUGCCGAUCUGGAUAAAGGGUUGGACUUGAAUGGGGGCUAUAAGAAGUUCAAGGAUUAUUACAGCGAAUUUAAAGAUGCAUCGACUCUUCAUGGGUUGUUAAGUUCUCUUAAGGACUAUGAACAGAAAAAAAAUAAGAAGAUGAAAGUGGAUAUAGUGACAUUUAGAGGGAUUAUUAGGAAACUUAUUAUGAGUUCUUUUGAGACAAAUUCAAAAUAUAAUGUGGUUGAUCUUCGAAUUGUUUUAUUCGAUGGUCAAUUGUUUAUAAAAGAUGUAAGCACUGUUAACGCCAAGCCAGAAAAAGUUACGCCAUUAGAAUAUACCGGUUAUAAAUUUGAAGCAUUAUGUACAUUACCGGAACCUUUACCAUAUGUAUCGAGAACGAAAUUAAACAAAAGACCAAAGAAAAUUGUAAGCCAUGGUGAUGAAUUCGUUUCAGUAGUCAAGACAGGUGUUGGCAAUUGUAAAAUACUUCUAGGUGCAGAAGUAGAUGCCAUAUUUGACUUCAAAGAAAAAGGAAAAGAUAACUUGCAACAUUACAUAGAGCUGAAAUGCACAGCUGCAAUUAAUAAUAUAAACGAUACUAAGAAGUUUGAAAACAAGCUUUUCAAAACAUGGAUACAAUGUUUCCUGAUAGGGAUUACAAGAAUAACUUAUGGAUUUAGAGACGAACAAUAUUUAUUGAAAACCAUUGAAGAGUUUGCUACAAGUGAUAUUCCAUUGAUCUUUAAAAAUCAUAACCCUACAUUAGCCAGCAACUGUGUUAAUGCCAUUAAAUGGUACGGUGUGUUUACAGAAUGGUUAAUGAAGAUGAUACCAACUGAGGAUACUUCUGUUACAAAAGCUUAUAGAUUAGUUUGCGAAAAUAACCACUUGAGAUUAACGGAAAUUGAAUCAUCUGAAGAUGAAUAUGAAGGUUUAGUAAACGGAGAAACUGUUAUUUCAAACGAAUUCAGAGAAUGGAGAACUUCAUUGAGAACUCAAUAG